AUGAGUGAAGUCAUCUCUGACUACACAGUGCCCCCUUUACGUCAGAUGCCGAUACGUCUGGAUGAUAUACCAGAGAUCGACACCGAAAGAUCGACGAUAGUAGCACACCCCCUAGAUUUUUGGGAAUUUGAUGGCACUGGGGGCACUGGGGGCACUGGGGGCAGAGACGAGCGAGAUUAUGCGCUUGGUCAAUUCACGACGUCAGGAAACAAGCCUUCACCGAGGCAACUCCCAUUAGGGAUUCCCUUGACCCCGCUUUCACAAUUCGUGACCUCUCCUAUGAAAUCAAUGCCAUGGUCUCCAACAUUUUCAGAAUCCUCAGGUCGGUCUGUCUUAUUUGGAGUAUCAAAAAUAUCAGAGUUAUCGAAGCCCCCACUUGAAGACGGAGAUGACUAUCGUCUUGACAAGUCGGACUUCAUACGCCAGCAGUUGAGGAAGCCCGUAUUUCCUCUCAACGAGAUACACACGCUAGAAAGUUUGAUUGACGACCUGCUAGACGAAGGGCCAUCUCUGGAAUUUGAAGUCAUUGCCCAGGCUCGAUUGGAUAAAAUCGUUGAGGAGAUUUUGCAACACGUCACAAACAAUUUUCUCAGCCAAGGGCCUUUAUACAGACAGGUUAUGAGGAAAGCAAAAAAGCUUCGCGGGCAAUGGAUCGAAACCUUCGGAGAGAGAUAUCAUACCAUGGAUGACGAGCGAUUGAAGUUGAUGAAGGAGGCUGGCUGUCUCCGGGACUUGGAACUACAAACCACUGGUGAUAUAUCGGAAGUAAAUGGCCCCAUGUGGGAAAUAAAAAGGGCGGAAACCUUUUCAGAGAAGGAAGCUAAUGAGAGUUUUGAGCCAGGAGCUUGGUUUCUUAACACACAUUGCGCCGUUCGUGAUGGAAUUGUACCUGACGCAAAGGAUGGAUUUACUUGGGGGGUGAAUGGGAAACCGGUCGCAUUUUCGAUGCUUUCCGGGUUUGAGAUCAAAGGCGCCGGAUGGAGACACUGGGUACACAUCAUUGAGUCGAGAGUAUGCGCAUACCAUGCCGUUCGGCUCACGUGUGUCGGUACUGUGAUCAGGCUUCUGCGAGGUCACCAGUUGAAAAGUGAGAGAGCACCCAGACUUGGGGUACGGUAUGAUGGUCUCUACAAGAUCGAAAGUUGGGGUCAAGUUCUCUUGAAGCUGUCAGCUGGACCUGACAUAUAUCGCAACACUAUAACGCUCGAAGAACUCGCAGGACAGAAUACAAUGGAAGAACUAGAUACAGUUCCAACUCCGUGGCAGAUGGACAACUUCAUCAUAUAUAAUAGGAUGAUUGAGAAUUAUAUCAAGGCACGCAAAGGUGAAGCUGCUUGCAAAGAAUAUAGAGCUGCAGAAGGUAAAAAGGAUAUGGCUCGGAAAGCUUUCAUACAGAAGUUGAAGGUUUACGAUCAACCUGCGUAUAAAUUGCUCGAUGAUAAAGCGCACAGGCUCGAAAAUGCAUUUCCGCUUCCACUUUCGCUAGAAGAACCAUAUCCACCAUCACUCCUUUUGAAAUAA